AGGGUUACUGGGUUCCGUAACUUGCGUUCUCACUUCUGUCAUCCCCACGGCUUCACACAUACUCAGCCACCGUCCUCGGCCUUGCCGACCGUCGCUAUUCUCGCCGCUCUCAGAUCUGCUUCCGCCGGCGAGUCCACCUUCCACCGGCAUAGACUCAAUCUCUCUCGUGACUAGGAAGCAACUUUACGAGGUCCUUCAUUUCUUCUUUAGACUGAAGUAAAUUGAAGUUGAUCAAACAAGGAAUACAAUGAGUUCGUCCAACAUUAGAGAUCUUCAACGCGAAUUGGAGAACAAAGCCAACGAUCUCAGCAAACUUCAAAAGGAUAUUGCGAAGAAUCACCAAGUGAGAAAGAAGUACACGGUCCAACUUGGCGAGAACGAGCUCGUCCUUAAGGAACUGGAUUUAUUGAAAGAAGACGCAAAUGUUUACAAGUUGAUUGGCCCAGUACUUGUUAAGCAAGAUUUGGCUGAGGCCAAUGCAAAUGUCCGCAAAAGAAUUGAAUACAUCUCUGCUGAACUGAAGCGUCUUGAUGCCACGGUUCAAGAUUUGGAAGAGAAGCAGAAUAGCAAGAAAGAAGCGAUAAUGAAAGUGCAACAAAGGAUUCAGUCUCUUCAGGCCGGGAAAGGCAAAGCAUAGUUUUCCCUGACAGAUUGUUUCCAUAUUGUAAUUUUUAUAGUGCCUAGAUUGGAUGUGUAUUUGUGCCUUUUGUUUUGGAAUGAAGUUGACUGGUGUGCUCUGGGAAUCCGUUUGGCAUAUUACACUGUGAUGAUGGUUUAGCGUCUUUAGCUCCGUUUAUUAUUAUUUCUCUUUUGUCAUUCUUCA